CCAACUAUGUAUGGCUCACCUUUCCUUCCUCUUCGAGGUCUGCACUGCUCUUUCGGUUUCUACCACAGUUCGUCUCCCACCAAGGAGAACUGAACUUGAAGGGCCUGUGUGGUUUGAGAGACGAGAGCGCCUGCGCGAAAGCAUGAAGAAGGCGGGAGCUAGUUAAUUUCCGGGUAACAACUUGCUUAUGCCUAAACAUUCUUUGUGAAACAGUACAGUUUACCAAAAAUGUUGCGUGUGGUAAGCUGGAACAUCAAUGGAAUCCGGAGGCCCCUGCAAAGUCUGGGAUGCCAGGUACCCAGUAACUGUCCCAUGGCCUUGCGACACAUUUUGAACGAGCUGGAUGCUGAUAUUGUCUGCCUCCAGGAGACCAAAGUGACCAGAGAUGUGCUGACAGAGCCCUUGGCUGUUGUUGAGGGCUAUAACUCGUAUUUCAGUUUCAGCCGCAACCGGAGCGGCUAUUCUGGUGUAGCCACUUUCUGUAAGGACAGUGUUAUCCCAGUGGCUGCUGAAGAAGGCCUGAGUGGUCAGUUUACCACCCGGAAUGGGGAUAUCGGUUGCUAUGGAAAUAUGAGCGAGUUCACCCAAGAGCAGCUCCGGGCUCUGGAUAGUGAGGGUCGGGCUCUCCUUACCCAGCACAAGAUCUGCACGUGGGAAGGGAAAGAGAAGCCCUUAACUCUGAUCAAUGUGUACUGCCCCCGGGCGGAUGCUGGCAAGCCUGAGCGGCUGACCUUUAAGAUGCGUUUCUAUCGCCUGCUGCAGAUCCGAGCAGAAGCGCUCCUGGCAGCCGGCAGCCAUGUGAUCAUGCUGGGGGACCUGAAUACAGCCCAUCGUCCCAUUGACCACUGUGACGCUGGCAGUCUGGAGUGCUUUGAAGAAGACCCGGGACGUAAGUGGAUGGAUGACUUGCUCAGUAACCCGGAGUACCAAGCUGGGUCCCAUGUAGGGCCUUUCAUGGAUAGCUACCGCUAUUUCUAUCCAAACCAGGAGAGAGCCUUCACCUGCUGGUCGGUGAUCAGUGGUGCCCGCAGUCUCAACUAUGGUACCCGACUUGACUACAUACUAGGAGAUAGGACUCUAAUUAUAGACAGCUUCCAAGCUGCCUUCCUGCUCCCUGAGGUGAUGGGCUCUGACCACUGUCCUGUGGGAGCUGUCUUGAAUGUGUCCUGUGUGCCAGCAAAACAGUACCCAGCUCUGUGCACCCGUUUCUUCCCUGAGUUUGCAGGUACCCAGCUCAAGAUUCUUGGCUUCUUAGUGCCUCACGAACAAAAACCUCUGUCGGGGCAGCCAGUCCCGCAGCUCAGCAAUCAAGUCCAGGCCCAGAAACAACAAAAAGCCCAAGGCCUUAGGCCCUCAUCCAGGCCUCAAAAGAAUGUCUUCAGAAGACACCAGAAAACCCUGCUGAGUUACUUUCAGCCUUCUGUUAGCCUUUCCCAAACUCCUCCUGAUGUGGGACUACCUAGACCACCUCUGCCGGCCACACUUGCAACCCCGAAGACUCUAGGGGAGGAUGUGAUAGCCACAACGGUAGAUGAGCAGGCCACGGUUUCUGAGAUCAAAGACAGGAAGGAGGUACAGACCUUAUUCUGGAAGUCUGUGCUGAGCGGACCCUCACCCAUGCCCCUCUGCAGAGGCCACAAGGAGCCGUGUGUGGUGCGGAUUGUGAGGAAACCAGGACCCAACCUGGGUCGCCAUUUCUACACGUGUGCCAGGCCGCGAGGUCCUCCCAAUGACCCCUCCUCAAGCUGCAAUUUCUUCCUCUGGAGUAGGCCCAGCUGAACCAACUGAGGCCUAGGGCUGUCCG